CUUGAACCGGGUCAAAGGAAAAAAUUGGACCGGGUUGGAUUCAUCAAAAGAGGCGUCGGCGUGGCGCCCUAAGCUGCUUGCUCUCUCGUAUUAGCUCAGGGCUCUUAACUGCUCCAAAACUUCUUCGCGGCAACUGUUCAGUGUAAAAGCAUGGGAAGCAACGAGAGGAAGAAGAAGAAGGUUAAGCCUAAGAAGAAAAGCAAACUAGAACUCUCUGAAAACGAUGAAAUGAUAAAUCCACUGGAAGAAGAGACUGAGAAGGGUAUACCUUCUAUAAAGAAGAAAAGGAAAAGGGAUAAAGGAAACACUGUUGAUGUUAAAAUGCAAGAUCAUUCAGUCAAAGAGAUUGGAGGGGAAAAGAGGUACAAAACAAAGAAGAAGAUUCCAAAAAGUGGCAAUGCUUCAAACUACAAAUUUGGUCAGCUUGGUGCUGAGGAUGAAGAUGGUAUCAAGAAAUUAAAUGUAGGUAACUCUAAGAAAGCUAAGAAGAAGGAGAAGGAUCAUGAUGCAUUGAAGAAUGAUGAAGUUUUAAUGGAAAAGAGUAAAGAAGCUGAUCAGAAUGAAGUUUAUUUUAUUUCUUCAGGGGAUGAUGACAGCUCAAAAGGAAUGAAAAAAUGGGUUACAGAAUACCAUCAAAGUAGACCAGGUUUGAAGGUCUUACAACAAAGAAUUGAUGAAUUUAUUACUGCUCAUGAAGCAAAACUUGAACAGGAAAGAAAAGAAAGAGAAGCUCUUGCUGCAGAAGCGGGAUGGACAGUUGUUGUACAUCAUAAAGGAAGGAAAAAAACCACAGAUUCUGAAAGUGGAACUACUGUGGGUUCUGUAGCACAAGCUGCUGUGGAGGAUAAGCUUGCCAAGAAGAAGAAAAAAGAGGUUGGGCUAGAUUUCUAUCGUUUCCAAAGAAGAGAGGCCCAGAGGAAUGAAAUUAUGAUGCUUCAGAGCAAAUUUGAGCAGGACAGAAAGCGAAUACAACAAUUAAGAGCUGCUAGAAAGUUUCGACCUUACUGAAUUUUUCUGAAUCAUCAUCAAGGCAUCGGACUUGAAACAACUCUUACAAUUUCCUCAACAUUACAAUGUCGGAAUCAGAGGGCACAACUGCAGAGGAACCUGCACUGUUCAAUUUUUUGUGCUGCUUAAGUUUGUUAAGAUAUUAUAAGUGUAUCAAUAUAUACUAAUUAUUCAUGAAAUGUACAACCUCUGCACAAUCAGAAUUAGAAAUUUUGUGCUAUUGCAGAGGAAUCCAUGAUUCUCUUAUGCAUAGUUGUAUGUUGGUUUUGAGAAUGAAUAUAUAAUCAACCCAUUUAAGAUUCACA